AGAAAACAAAAACAAAAUAAAAAUGAAUAAAAUAGAAAUUCUUUAACUGUAAAUAAGAAUUCAUACAUUUAUAAUUGGAUAAACUCUUGAUAAUAUUGAACUCAAAUUAUAGUUUGGCUUUAAGAAUUGCAUCUAUCAAAGAAACGUGUAGCUUUAUACAUCUAUAUAUAAAGAGAAAGAUAAGGAUAUACAGAUACCGAUUUAUAAUACGUGAAAGUGAUACAAAAAGUCAAAUUGUUUACAGUUCCUUAUACAUUUACAAUAAAUUAUCAUGUCUAUUUCAUAUGUUGAUGAUAUAUCUGAUGGUCAAGGGAUAUUUAUCUUUGUCAAAAUACUUAGAAGAUACAACACUCUUGAAUAAGUAGGAACCUAGAAACACACACCAACACACACACACAUCCAUAAAGACAAAGGUUAUAAUAUUUUUUGAACAAAUAAACAAAAACAAUAACAUUCAACAUGUCCCUCUUAGUACUAAAAAAAAACUGAAUAGACAAUUUCAUAAUGAAUAAUUCAUAAACAGUUGAAUAUAUAAAUGGUAAUUUUAUCAGAUCACUUAGUUACAUGAUGAUCAAUAAUAAUCAUAAUCAAAUAGAAAUGUUAGAUAGGAAUUUAAUAGUUUAUUAAGUCAUAACAACAAUUUCACUAACCAACCAACUACCCAACCACCCACCCACCCAGCAACUCAACCACACACAUACAUACAUUCAUAUAAUGCCAACUGCUUAUGCAGAUGAAUUAUCUGAUGGGAGAGGUGCUUCUGUUUUAUUAAAAAUUCUUAAAAAAUGGAAAGGGAGUUUGUACAAAUUGGUAUGGGUUGACUUAUUAAUCUACAUCUCAGCUUAUUAUGUUUUAAAUCUAUCUUAUCGGUUUGCAAUGAAUGACAAGCAAAAAGUAAUUUUUGAAGAAAUUGUUGAAUUCUGUGUUCGAACUAAAGGUGAUAUACCUAUAUCAUUUUUAUUGGGAUUUUUUGUAUCUGGUAUAAUAUCACGUUGGUAUCAAAUGUAUUUAUAUAUACCAUGGAUGAAUCAAAUUGCACUUCAAAUUGCUUCAUCUAUCAAUGCAAAAAGUGAAGAAGGUUCACGUAAAAUUCGUUUAACUAUUAUGCGUUAUAUGAAUUUAGCCUGGGUAUUAAUGAUGAAACGUAUCUCAGAUCAAAUUGCAUGUCGUUUUAUUAAAAAUGAUGAUAUUGGUAGUUUACCAAGUGCAUUAGGUCCUGUAUUACCUAAACGUAAAUCAACAAAUCAUAAACAUUUAAUAAGUAGAAAUACAUGUCAACCAUGGUCAAUUGAUGCAAGUGAAGUGGUACGUACAUCACCAUCAAAAUCAAUAUUACAACAACAAUUAUCUCAAUCACAAUAUCCAAUACAAACUAAAUUAGAUAGUCCAUUAAAUAAUAUAUUUGUUCAACCACAAACACCUAAUUCUUCGGAUGUUCAUACACCAUUAGCACCAUUAGCUACAGAUGAAGAAUGUGGUGCAUUACCUGAUGCAUUUGAAGCAGCUGAUGUUGUAGAAUUAAGAGAAAUGUUAAGAGCAUUUAAUCAAGAUCAAAAAGUGAAAAGUUCAUUUGGUGUAUUAAUUACUGAAAAAGAAAUUUCAUCAUUUGAACGUAUAGCAGCUGAUUGGUUUCGACGUACAAAAACUAAUUAUACACCAGAAUAUUGGGUACCUAUACAAUGGGCUCAAAGAUUAACAUUAAAAGCAUUACAAAGUGGUUAUAUUGAUGAUCCUAAAGUAGCAUUUUAUACUGUUGAAAAUAUUGGUAGAGUUAGACAAAGUAUGCAGAAUUUACAAGUAUACAGUAGUAUUAUGAUUCCAUUAGUGUAUACUCAAGUUGUAAUUAUAGCAGUUUAUAGUUAUUUUAUGUGUCAAAUAUUUGCAUGUCAAUUUGUUGAACACCGUAAUCAAAAUGGUCAACAUAAUGUGGAUUUAUAUGUCCCAAUUUUUAGUAUCUUCUCUUUCUUAUUCCUUAUGGGUUGGUUAAAGGUAGCUUUAUGUGUUAUGAAUCCAUUCGGUGAUGAUGAUGAAGAUUUUCAAACAUCAAAAAUUUUAGAUUAUAAUUUAGAUGUUAGCUAUCGAUCUGUAUUUAUGGAUCCUGAUGCAUUUCCAGAAAAUCUAUCAGCUCCAUCAGGAAAUAAACGAUCUGAUGAUAAUGAAUCAGAUGAUUUACAAAAAUUUUUAGAUCAAGUUGAUCAUGAAAUUGAAGAAGUUAGAAAUAAAGGAUUAUUAAAUGAUGUAUCUAACUUGGAAAUGCAUCCAUCAUUUUGUGAACGUGCAAGAAAUUUAUGUUGCUGUGAGAAAAAGAAACCACCACCACCUGCAAUUAUGGUUACAAACGUAGAUUACGAAAGAUAUUAUGACAUACCAAUGAAACCAAGUCAUCUCCAUCCAAGUGUUAAAAAAUGGACAUGGCUUAGAAGUUAAUUAAUACUAUUUUCUUUCUAAACUAAACUCAAUUCACAUUUCAAUUUACAAAAACCAAAAUUCAAAAAAUUUAAUACAGAACAAAUAUAACAUAAAUAUGUAUAACCUAAUGCUAAAUAUUUGCUUUAUUUUUUUAGACUACUUAUAUUCUUAUUCAGUAGUCUGCUAUGAUAAUCAACAUUUUAUUUUGAAAAGCUUUCAUAUCUACUUUCUUAAUUAAUAUUUAUUUAUACAUAUCAAAUCGAACUGGAUCUAACUAAUUCAACUAGAUUCCUUUCUAAUAUAACAAUGUUUAUCACUAAUUGAAUUCAUCAAAGAUAAUGAAAUGAUCAUUCACUAAUGAUGAUUAUGUAAUGAUGAAAUGAAAAUACUAAGAACCAAAAAAAUUUUGAAACAUUCCAUGAUUUAUUGAUAAUCAAUAUUGAUUGAUCUCUAAUCAAUUGAUUUUAUUACAGAGAUGGUCAUUAUUUUUUUCCUAUAACAAUAAUGAGAUCCAUCUAAAUAAUCAUGUUUAGUAUCAAUACACAUUAAUAAUAGUAAUAAUAAUAAUAAUAAGCAGUUCCUAAUGUAUAUUAAAUGAUGAUAUUUUAUGUAUGUGAUAAACAUACUACUUAUUUCAUUGUAUUCAAUUGUUAUUUGAUCAAUGUAAUUUCAAUACUUCAUAUGUAUAAUUCCGUUGUGAGUUUGUUUAUUCUAAUUCAAUGAAAUUAGUACCAGAAUGAGGUUUUUCUUUAUGAAGAUUGUAUUCAUUUGAAUAAUUGAAAUUAUGAAUUCAUUGAAGCUAGAUUAUGAUGGAAAACAUGGAAGUAAUGGAAUUCAAUUGAAUCUGUUGUAAGAUAAUAAUUCACUGAAGACUAGAACUCUAAAAAAUCAUCUCUUGAAAUCAGUUACUAGUGAGCAUAUUCUGUCUGGUGUAAGAUAGUAACUUAUUGAUGACAAUGGUAGAUGUGUCGUUCAAUUUCGUGGAUUAAUUGAAGUUAGACAAUAUUACCGUUGGAUGCCGGCCAGCUCAUUGGCCUAUAAGUUAAAUGUUCUCACGUGAGACUGAAAGUCUUGAGUUCUGUUAUAUCCUAGCAAAGAUUAAAUUACGAAUAACUUCUGAGACCUAUUGAUGAACUAAUAUUAUCUAUAUAUUCUUAUGGUAUAACUAUUCAGUAAUUAGAUUGUGUAUACCUAUAUUUCCCUUAUUAUAAGCUUCAUUUUGACUUAUAGAUUAUUAUUGUACGAUUUACUGUUCAUAAGUUAUACUCAGUUUAUUAAUUACUAUCUCCCACGUUCACAGCCACUUUUUGGCUUAUUUGUGUAUGAAUGUUACUUCCUAUUUUAUGGUGCGUUGCGGUCUGUUUGCUUGAUAUAUAAACCCAGUAUGUCUAAAAUAAAUGAUUCGCAUAGUGGAGGCUGUUAUUGACAUUCUGGACUCAGCUAGAUGGGUUAAACGAUCAACGCACCAAUAAGACGGUAGGCUGAUCAGACCGGUUCGACGUCAUUGGUUUAGUACAGUACAAGAGUGAAUAAGUCGUAUUUUGAUUGGCGAAUAGAUUACGUGAUAACUAGUGGGCCAUAGCGUUACAACAGGUUCAAAUCUCACGAGGCGGGAUCGUAUAUGCGCACUGCUGAGGAGUCUCACAUUAGGACGAAACAACCAUCCAGUACUUUCAGGUUUUCCAUGGUGGUCUAGCU